AUGUUAUGGCCAAGAUUCCGAGCUUUAAAUGCACUUUCGCCGCCACUGAGGAUUUCGACGUCGAAAACCCGCUGUCGUCGAAGAACGCUCCGAGACAAAGAACUUUAUUUCAAGCUUAUCGAGAAGAUGCCUCACCUCACUAACCCAAAGCUCAUCUCCGCCAUGCGUUUGGUCGUUGCGUCGUUGCGACAAAUCGAGGCCGAUUUGUCGAAAAGUUUGGAAGAGAUAGCACUUGCUUCUCAGCCGACGGAUUCUAACCAGCUUGAUUGGAGGGCCCACCAGGCGAAAAAGGAGGAGGAGUGUAGAAAGGCUGUCGAAAGGGAGAGAGAGAUUUAA